GAAGUUCACUCGCUGGCCGCUAGGUGUCCCCAUUUCUACUCUCCAAACUCAACUGUCUUUGCCACAGGAAGUAAAUGGUUCCUAGACAGGAAGUGGAGUUGUUUUUUUUUCUAUUGGACAGCUGGCUCCUGGGGGGAGAAAUCGGACCAAUCGUGCGAGUUUCAGCCACGGCGUGUGACUCGGGAGUUGUCGCGGCUGUUACUCGGAUGUCCGCCCUUUUCAGCGAGUCCUCCCUCCUCCGCCCGAGCAGCGCUGGUGAAGCGCGGUACUGCAGCUCAGGAGACGAGCUCUCUGAAGUCAGAGCAAGUUUUGUGCAGCUGACCAGCAGAAGAUGAGAUCGGAGAAGUCUUUUCAGCACCGUGCAUUCUAGCCUGUUUGAAACCCUCAAAAGAACAACUUGUUACUCGGAUUAGUUGCCAGUAUACAUAACGUUAACACGUUUUGCUUUUAGGGUUUUCUGUUAUAAUACAUUGUACAUUGUGAUAUACCCUAACAAGAACUACACACACACACACACACACAUAUAUAUAAUUAUAUAUAUAAAACAUCCAUAACUACAUACCCCCCCAAAAAACUCAAUUGAACUGUUAUUAUUACAAGUGGAGUACUUGCAUUCAAAUCACAUUGAGGAUUACUCUUGGCAAAUAUGAAUAACGUAAAGCAAAUAUCGAUCCAAAGCAUUGCUGGUGGCAUGUAUCAAGUACUGCCUGCUGUGGGCGCAGAUGGAAAAAAUAUCUUAAAACUUAUUCCGGUUCAGAAAGCUGAUGGAAAAUACGUUCGAACUGUUACUAAUCUAGCAAGCAGUUGCAAGCAGGCUGUUGUUGAACCUGCUCGAGUUGUCACGCCAACAAAAACCCGCUUCACCACAACUAACAUUUCUCAAAGCCAGCUGCCCGUUCUACACCAAACAAGUCCAAUAAACUACAUUGUUAAAAGUCCUUCAAAUGGACCAGUUGUGCAAAACCAAACGGGGAGAAGGCCAGUCGAGGGAAAUGGUACUUUGCCAUCAACAAGUUCUUCAGUUCAAGUUUCCCCAGUUCCAGUUCUGCCCAGGCAGAAUCAGAACCUGGUUCUGGUACCAACAAGUGUAGUCAAUUCUCAGGGCACGUUUUCUAUUCAUAACCCAAAACACCUGCCUAUCACAUUGAAGUCAUCAGUGUUUCCCAAUGGACAUCUCCUCCAGAUUCCUGUUAAUGCAAAAGUGAAGACCGUACCAGCAAGUGCACUGCCACCAGCCAUUCAGCAGAAAAUACGUGCUGCAUCUGUCACUAGCGGCUCAGGAACUCCUGACCCUAAAACCAAUUUACAGACUGUUCUGUAUGUGACACCAGUGAACACUGUUAGAAUGGUAACAACCAAUCCAACUGUCCAUCCAUCACCUACAGCAGAGUCACAGAACCCGAACCCGGAGAGCGCUCAGCAGUCUGUGAAUGAUACCCCUGUUAAGGGGCCAUCAGAACCUUCUAGGAUUAGUAGCUCAAAUAGUCAGACUCAAGAGAAACCAAUUAAAUGGGUUGUGGAAGAAUGCCCAGAUUCUCCAGCACCGUGCAUCGUUCCUAUCAACAAGUCCAGCAAAAACAGCAUGGCUACAAACAUCUUGAAAACCCUGACAACUGUUGAAAAGAGUGGGGAAAACACUGCCCCGCCACCAGCCGUUUCCCAAGAAACCCACUCCCAGAUUUCAUCAGGAAAAGACAAUGCUUUGGUCAUGUGCAACGGGAAAGUCUUCUUUCUGGCUAAGAAAAGCCCUGAAUUAAUUACACCACCAGUUCAAAAACAGGACGUUAACGAAGCAGCCCAGAGGAUCAAUAUGGAGACGUCGCAGAGCACUAAUUGUGUGGAGCACACAGAUUCUGAAGUCACCUCUACCCAAAACCAGCAUUCAGCAACGUCAAGAGCUGGAGUUACAGGAAUUACCCGUAGGGACAAUGCCACGCCAAUCAUAAUAAGAGAUGAUGCAGAUGAUUUGGGCAGCGAGGUUCAGGAAGUUGGCUAUUCAAAGCCUGAUGUGAUAUUUGUUUCCUACAUAAAACCAAAAAAAGUCGCUGUUGCAAACGUGGAAGGAGGAUCUGUUUCAGAAGUACUAACCAUUAAAGACGAUGAUGAACCUGAAAAGAGCUCUACAGGCCCAGUUCAAGAAUUUAGUGCAGAUGUUUUGGAAGACAAAAGCCGUCAAUGUGAAAGUGAUAGCCAGCUGAGGAAGAGGUUUGAAAUCACUUCCGAUGUUCGAAUACGCUUAGAAAAAAUUCAACCCCAAAUGUUAACAACGGCCUCAACACAAACGAUCUCGUCAGACGCAUCUACAAGCAGGUGCCCUCUGGAAAGGAUUAGGAAAUUAAUUCAGGAGUCGAACGUUGUAAUCAGAACCAAGAAGAAUACUACAGCGACGGUUGAAGUAAAAGUUGACGAAGGCAAACCUGCACCACAAAAAAGAAAAAGUGAAAGCAGCCCCCCAAGCUCAAAGAAGAGUAGAGGAGAAACUCCAGAAAGAAACUCUGAAACUGACUGUAGCGCGCCAAGACAGAUUACACCUACACCAGAACCGCCUUCCCUAUCGCUGCCAGCGGCAAACCCAAGCACAUGCAUGAUGGAAACAGAAGAGGCAGUGCCAUCCUGCUCAAACACCCUCGGUACCGUAUCUCAGGAGCUUUGCAGCCCAGCAGCUUGGCAGCAACACGUUGUGAAGGCUGCUGGCACCAGUGUGGAUGAGCAGAGCUUAGUUGUGGCUCCAGUGGAGUUUGAUGAAGUUGUCCGAGAUGAAAAAAUCAAAAGGUUGAAAGAUAUGUUGAAGCAGCAGGAAGCAGCUGUUGAAUUGAUUAGGAGUAAGAGACAUGUGCCAUGAAGCUGAUCAAAACAAUUGCUGUUUAUGUAUUUAUAUUGAUUUUUGUCUUUUUUUUGUAGUAGCAUUCCAAAAAAAUGUACUGUUCCAUUUCAAUAGCAACAAACAUGAUUUAAUAAAUCGAAACGGAAUCCGAACUCUUUAGUUAACAGGACCAAGUUAUAUGCAAUACAUCUGCAUUUAAUGUGAAAGAUAUCGUUUAGGUUUAUCAUUUGAUAUUUAAACAAAAACAUAUAAACAGCUGCAUUUAUUUGCCUUCUCGUUGUUUCUAAGUCAAUCAGUUACACAGGAGGAAGCAGAUUGGUUUUGAUUUGCCCUCUUAAAUUUAAUACAAAUAAAUAAGUUACCUGCUUGUGCAGGUAGGCAUUAGAUAUAAAUUUGGUUUUAUUUAUUUAUUUAUUUUAUUUAAAACUUAAAAAAAAUGCUGUUCUAGAAUAACAUUUUGAAGUUGUCUGUUGUUGUUUGAAAACUUGACUGUUUCUUUGUAAUGAAAAUAUGUUACAACAGAUGGUUCAUUGCAAGAGCACAUGAAAGCAUUUUUGAGUGUGAAAUGAUGGGCUGAGCACGUUCACGCAGGCUCUUUGGUAUGAUGGUCUUGACUGAGGUGCACACCAUCUUUCCAGGGAGGAUAGCGUCAGAUCCUUGAAUUCGUUGGUAAAGGUGAUAAGGUAGUGCUGAAUACAGUCACCGUCAUUCUUCCACCCAGAUAAUCCACUGCAUUGAUAUAAAGUAAUGGCACCUCAAACAGGAUCCUCGGGAGAAAUUCAGAAGAGAUGAACUCGUCAAAACCAUGAACUGUAGCGUGGCGACUCUUCUGUCCUGCCACGGAUUCUGUAAGGGAGAAGCCAUUGAUAGGAGCUGAAAUUUUUGGCUCUUCUGAAGAUGAUUAGCAGGAAUACGUGCAGCAUCAUACCAUGCUGAACACGCCAGAUGUGAUGGGGUAAAUGUGCGUGUGGGAGGGGGGUUGCUUUAAGAUGUAUAAAAGCAAAAUGUAUAACAGCUUGUCUUUUUAAAAAAAAAAAAAAAUAAUAAUCUUACGUACAAAACUGUAGGAAUGUUGUUUUGCUGAUUUACAAGCACCUCUAUUAAAAGGCUGGAAAAUGCUGCUGUGCUUCGUGAUGUACAUGGUUUAACAGAGAUGAGGAAUGCCUAUCAUAUCCAGAUACUGCACUCGCUGUUUAUUGUGAUUGGACUCAUUAGAAAUCAGCCCUGAAGUCUGAAUUGUGUAACCUUGAUAGCUGUAAGGGGCCAGGCUGCCAUUAAAAAGCUGGUUUGUGUUUUUAUAUCGUUGGCAGAUGAAGAGAUGGUUAUUUUCUUUAUUUUACACCAAGGAUCAUGGCGGCCCUGAAUCGAACUCUAAACACCCAUCAACAAAACUAAGACCAUCUUGCCUCAGCAAACUUAGCUCUGCAAUAUCCAACUCUGACCUAUCGAAGGGUCUGAGGAUCCUUGGGAGGAAAGAAGAUCCUUGGGAAUCUCGCUCUUUUGAAGGGCAUCUUACAGGGGUGGAUGGGCUGUCUGCAC